CAUUUGGGGGAUAUCUGUACUGUCCUGACAUUUGGGGGAUAUCUGUACUGUUCUGACAUUUGGGGGGAUAUCUGUACUGUCCUGACAUUUGGGGGAUAUCUGUAUUGUCCUGACAUUUGGGGGGGGUAUCUGUACUGUCCUGACAUUUGGGGGAUAUCUGUACUGUCCUGACAUUUGGGGGGAUAUCUGUACUGUCCUGACAUUUUGGGGGAUAUCUGUACUGUCCUGACAUUUGGGGGAUAUCUGUACCGUCCUGACAUUUGGGGGAUAUCUGU